AGGAGCAGCACUCUACUCCGCACUAUCAAACACCAUCAAGUGAAUACCAGCAAGCGACCUCGGAUGAACAUAUAAAAAUCCUUGGUAUACAUUGUGCGAAAGUUACCUGACUUUCUUCUCCAGCACACUCGGAUAUAGGUUUCCGAUUAGGGCGGAAUUCAUUUUACUUUGGCCCACGGUAUAUAUAUAUAUCUUGCCAACCCCAUCGCCUCCACCCACCACCCACCAAACAAGACCAGACAACAUGACCAACACGAACGGAACCAAAAGUGCCAACAAGAGCACCAGGCUCUUCAACGCAGAGUCCCCCAAACUAUCCGACUUCAAACAAAUUUGCUCCCGCACCACCAACCCAGCCGAUUACCCACUGGCAUCCUCCAUCGCCCACAACAUUCCCAUAUACGAGAUUACCAAACUCGACCCGACGGAUGUAUCCACUACGUCUGCUUUACAGGAUGAAUGGUACGAUAUCCUUUCCACCGGAGCCGGCGUCUUCGUCCUGAAGGGCAUGUACGACCCGGCCAAAUACGAACAAACCCUCACCGCAACGAAUGAAUCGUUCAAGCGCAUAAUAGCCCAUGAAAAAAACGACCCCACCAAGCCCAAGGGUGAUCAUUUCGCAGCAUCGGGGAAGAAUGAUCGCAUUUGGAACUCCUUUGGAAAACAUGCGCUGGACGAUCCCGACUCUUUCCUGCACUACUACGCAAACCCCUGGCUAGAAUCUGUCAGCGAAGCCUGGCUCGGUCCCGGGUAUCGCGUCACAGCGCAGUGCAACAUCGUGAAACCAGGCGGAAAGGCACAGGAUAGUCACCGGGACUAUCAUCUCGGUUUCCAGGAUCUAGGCGCUUGCGAGCGGUUUCCCAGGGGCUUGCAUCUGGCUAGUCAGUAUUUGACGUUACAGGGUGCUGUCGCGCAUAGCGAUAUGCCUGUUGAAAGUGGACCGACGAGGUUCUUGCCGUUUAGCCAGGGAUACGAGAUUGGGUAUCUUGCGUGGCGGAGGGAGGAGUUUCGGGAGUUUUUCCAGGAGAAGUAUGUUGCGUUACCGCUUGCGCUGGGUGAUGGGGUGUUUUUCAAUCCUGGUUUAUUCCAUGCAGCGGGUGCGAAUGAGUUACCUGCUGAGUGUGCGUUCCACCGCAAGGCGAAUCUGUUGCAGGUUAGUUCUGCGUUUGGGAAGCCGAUGGAGACUGUUGAGACGGUGCCUGUUGUACGAAGCUGCUGGGAGGGUUUAACAAAGCGGUUUAAAGAGGCUGGAGGGGUAGAUGAGGAGUUGAGGUUGUUGGUCAAGGCGAUUGCGGAGGCGUAUCCGUUUCCGACAAAUUUGGAUAAGAGGCCUCCUGCGCCGAGUGGGAUGGCGCCGGAAAGUGAGCAGGAUAUUGUGAUUAGGGGGUUGGAGGGUGGGUGGACUGGGGAGGAUGUGGUUAAGGAAUUGUUGAAGAUGAAGGAGGAUUCUAAGUAGCGUUUAAGAAUGACCACGCGAUAUCACCUGCCAUCCCUUUCCAUCUGAAACGGAAAAUGAAUUACUGCAGAAUGAUUGAAGUUGUUAUUUAUCCCAACCACAGCAUCAAUAUAAGCUCUGGAAUGCAGCAUUAGCAUUCCCCGUCGCGCGGUAACAUACCCCAAACACCCCUUCAUAAUAACGACUUUCCCACUUCCAUGUCCCUUAUUCCUAAAAAUAC